GGGGCCGCGCGCUGCCUCUCAGAGGCCGGACGGCACUGCCGGGAGGCGGCGGCGGCGGCGGCGACGCGGGGCCGGCCGCGGGUGAGGCACCGUAACCCCGUUGAACUCUGUAUCGAGAAAGCCCAAGGUUAAAGAAGAUCAGAGACACUGACCAACCUGGAGACAGGGGCCUCUUGGGGAUUUUGCUGUCAUCCACAGUGACCUUUCAAAAGUAUCAUCAAGUGGAAUUGAUUUUCUUCAUUUUAUUUUGCUUAUUGGAAAGAACAUGGCUUCGGGAAUUUUGUGUCUCCGUUCAGUUUUGCAUGAGCUCUAGCAGGAAGCGGAGCCCUUGAAGGGUUUGGGAGUAACAAGGAGAGACUGAAGACGGACAAGCUUGCGCUCGUUCACACUCUCGGCUCUGUUUUCCCUCCCCCCUUCAAAAAAAAGGAUUUACAACUCAACCUUGUAACAGCUGCUGCCCAGCUUUAGCCAUCAAGAGAAAGUAAAUAAAAUUAAACCGCGACUGCCGGACGACAAGCCCUGAAGUCAAGGUGUGGGAGUGGUGGCGUUGAGAAAACUGCCUGAGAGGGACAGGACUGCAGUGACGUCGGUUUCUCUUUAAAGCCGGGAGGGGCCCCAGGUCCCUUCUUGGAUUAAAAGAGAAACACAGGGCACCCCUCUCUCGGGUGCCGCUCACCCUCCAGUGGGAGUGAGGUGGUCGUGGUGUCUCCUCCGAAGACAUUUUCCUCGAGAGGUGUUCUGUGCUCCCCGCCUCCUCCCCUCUCCCCUUCAGAGGACCUGCCUCCCUCCGUGCGCUGCGCCCGGCUUGUCCAGCUGCCCGGGUUCUCUCCCUGCAGCCGUCUGCAUGCGUGCGGCCUCCUGUGUGUCUGCGGUUUUUAAACUGUGCCGCUUGUGUUUCUUAAUCGCUCCUUCUGCCUUGUUCUGGGGAGGUGGUUAUUCAUCAUCUGGAGUCACCUUUCCCCCUCCCAUGUGCUUUCCUUCCUUGGAGAUCUCUUGACCUUUGGUUUUAUUUGGGAGGGGGAAGGGUGGUGAUUCUAAGUUUUCUGUGUCCCUGGUUUCCUUCGGUCCUCUGCUCUCUGUGGCCACCCUCGUCCCGUUUUCUGGUCUGUUCUGCCGCUGUGUGGGCCUGUGCUAUGCGGCAGGGCAGAUCUCCCAGCAGAGCUCCAACAUGCCCGCAGAGUCUGCAAAGAGAUUCAAACCCAGCAAGUAUGUUCCCGUCUCAGCAGCCGCCAUCUUCUUAGUGGGAGCCACAACCCUCUUCUUUGCCUUUACCUGCCCGGGGCUGAGCCUGUCCGUAUCGCCUGCAGUGCCCGUCUACAAUGCCGUGGUGUUUCUCUUUGUGCUGGCCAACUUCAGCAUGGCCACCUUCAUGGACCCAGGGGUCUUCCCUCGAGCUGAAGAGGAUGAAGACAAAGAAGACGACUUCCGGGCGCCGCUGUACAAAACCGUGGAGAUCAAGGGCAUCCAGGUGCGCAUGAAAUGGUGCGCCACCUGCCGCUUCUACCGGCCGCCCCGCUGUUCCCACUGCAGCGUCUGCGACAACUGCGUGGAGGAGUUCGACCACCACUGCCCCUGGGUGAACAACUGCAUCGGCCGCCGGAACUACCGCUACUUCUUCCUCUUCCUCCUCUCCCUGACGGCCCACAUCACGGGUGUGUUUGGCUUCGGCCUGCUUUACGUGCUCUACCACAUGGAGGAGCUCUCUGGGGUCCGCACGGCCGUCACGAUGGCCGUGAUGUGUGUGGCUGGCUUGUUCUUCAUCCCGGUCGCUGGCCUCACGGGGUUCCACGUGGUGCUGGUGGCCAGGGGACGCACCACCAAUGAACAGGUCACGGGUAAGUUCCGGGGAGGUGUGAACCCCUUCACCAAUGGCUGCUGUAACAACGUCAGCCGUGUUCUCUGCAGCUCCCCAGCGCCCAGGUAUUUGGGGAGGCCAAAGAAAGAGAAGACAAUUGUCAUCAGACCGCCCUUCCUUCGGCCCGAAGUGUCAGAUGGUCAGAUAACCGUGAAGAUCAUGGACAACGGCAUCCAGGGGGAGCUGAGGAGAACUAAGUCUAAAGGCAGCCUGGAGGUAACAGAAAGCCAGUCAGCAGAUGCGGAACCGCCCCCACCUCCUAAGCCGGACCUGAGCCGUUACACGGGGCUACGGACACACCUCAGCUUGGCCACUAACGAGGAGAGCAGCCUCUUGGGCAAGGACAGCCCCCCCACACCCACCAUGUACAAGUACCGGCCGGGCUACAGCAGCAGCAGCGCGUCAGCCGCCAUGCCUCAUUCGUCCAGCGCCAAGCUGAGUCGCGGGGACAGCCUGAAGGAACCGCCCUCCAUCGCAGAGAGCAGCCGCCAGCCCAGCUACCGCUCGGAGCCGAGCCUGGAGCCCGAGAGCUUCCGUUCGCCCACCUUGGGCAAAGGCUUCCCCUUUGACCCGCUGUCCAGCGGCUCGCGCUCCUCCAGCCUCAAGUCUGCCCAGGGCACAGGCUUCGAGCUGGGCCCGCUGCAGUCCAUCCGCUCCGAGGGCACGACUUCCACCUCCUACAAGAGCCUAGCCAACCAGACGCGAAACGGGAGCCUGUCCUACGACAGCCUGCUCACGCCCUCCGACAGCCCCGAUUUCGAGUCUGUGCAGGCAGGUCCGGAGCCAGAGCCGCCUCUGGGCUACACGUCUCCCUUCCUGUCGGCCCGGCUGGCCCAGCAGCGGGAGGCCGAGCGGCACCCCCGCCUGGCGCCCAGCGGCCCGGUGCCCCGCGAGCCCUCGCCCGUACGCUACGACAACCUGUCGCGCCACAUUGUGGCCUCCCUGCAGGAACGCGAGAAGCUGCUGCGCCCGCCGCCGCCGCCCGGCCGUGAGGAGGAGCCGGGCCUAGGGGACUCGGGUGUCCAGUGCACGCCCGGCUCGGGCCACGCGCCGCGCACCAGCUCCUCCUCUGACGACUCCAAGCGCUCGCCCCUGGGCAAGAUGCCGCUGGCACGCCCAGCGGCCCCCCGGUUCGGCAAGCCGGAUGGGCUGAGGGGCCGGGGACUCGCGUCCCCUGAACCAGGCCCACCUGCCCCCUACCUGGGCCGAUCCGUGUCGUACAGCAGCCAGAAAGCCCCCCCUGGUGUCCCCGAGACGGAGGAAGUGGCCCUGCAGCCAUUACUGACGCCCAAAGAUGAAGUGCAGUUCAAGGCCGCCUACAGCAAAUCCAACGGACAGCCCAAGAGCAUAGGCUCAGCCGCCCCCAGCCCCGGCCAGCCGCCUCUCAGCAGCCCCACAAGGGGAGGCGUCAAGAAGGUGUCAGGGGUGGGGGGCACCACCUACGAGAUCUCAGUGUGAGCCGGCCCCCUGCCUCUGCGCCUGCACCAAAGGGCCCCCGGGGCCACCUCCCUCCGCAGCGGCCCCUCCCCUGCACGGACACGUGAAAACCAGGGACUCCCAGAGGAAGAGGGGUGUUUCCUAAGAUGCAGGGGGGCUGGGGGUCGGAGCGUGGGGGCCCCGAGACUGGGGUAGCAACCCCCCUUCACCUUUCAAGACCCUCCCUCCCUCACCCCCUGGACCAGACUCAGUGGACAUUUGUGCAAUUGCUCACCCUGGAGGGAACCAGAUCAUUUUUAAACCAGAAAUAAUUUUUUUUAUUAUUGUUACGGAUUCUAUUUUUUUCCUCUUCUGCGUUACCAGAGUUGAGAGCGCUCUUGACUUUUGCCUACAAUCCCUUAACAGAAUCUUCUCUGGAUGGUAAAGCUCCUUUUGGAUGCAGCCAGAGGCAAGCCCGUGAAUGACGACGGAGCGAAAGGCAGACCACGGGGAUGGACAGGGGCAGUGGGACCUCGCAUGCCGCCCCCUGUCAAGCAGAAGGCAGUGUCCUCGUUUAAACAGGCACCUUGGACACUCAUCUCAGAAAGCUGGCCUUUGCCUCCCCGUCGGUAACUGAGGUCUGUAAGCCCUCGCUCUGAAACCCUAGGCUAACUCGAGCGGAAGGAGGGGUUUCCGUCUGCUGCUCUGGGACCAACCCUGGCUCGUCCCAGCCGGCUCAGCCACGUCACGCUGGGCUGAGGGCAAGACGCCGUCGGCUGGGGCGCCCCUGUGGCGGCCUCUGCGUACCCGGCCUGCCGCAGACACUGCAGGGGUUUGCUUGGCCUCGUCACUCGGUCGCAUCUGACGCUGCGGCCCCGUGACCUGCAGCAUGCACACGUCCCAUCCUCCACUGUCUCCCCGAGUUCACUCGAAGUCACGUCCGUGAGUCAGCGACGCCGUCCAACCCUCCCGUCCUCUGCCGGCUCCUUCCCUUGCCUCAAUCUUUCCUAGCAUCAGCAUCUUCUCCACCGAGUUGGCUCUUGGCAUCAGGUGGCUGAAGAUUUGGGAGACUUCUUUUUUUGCUGUCUUAGAAGCUUAGGCAUUCACAUCAGCCAAGUAAUUUCACUGUCUUAGGGAGUGGCGAAUAUCAAAAGUAGGUCUUAUUGUAAAGAAUCAUUUACCUUCGCUUGCCAGAAAUUUAUUAAAAAAAACACCACAGGGUUGGCCGAGAGGCAACCUUGCUGGAAUUCACUCCUGA